AUGGGUCGAGUUCAUAAGGUCGAAGGCUCAAAAGCUGAAAGCCAAACUCAAGAAGGAGCUAAAUGGAAGAGUACUAUCUUUGAAGGUGGAUGGAUGAUAUCAAUCGGUUUUUCCAAAAAAGUUUUAAGUUUAUGUAGUAAUUUGUGUAUAGUGCCGAUAAAAUUUUACAACCGUGCAAUAUGCAACAACAUAGUGAAAGUGUUAUCGUUGAAGGUGGAUGGAGUAAGCAGGCUAAACAGGUGUUUCCUCGGGGUGAACGUGCAGUAUAUUGAUAAAGGGCAAGUGUGCAUAAGGACUCUGGGUGUGCCGGAGUUAACUGGCAGGCACACACGGGAAAAUUUGCGGGAUGUCAUAAUCGAAGUUUCGGAAGAAUACGACAUCAACAUCAAGAAAGUGUACACCAGCACAACGGACAAUGGGUCGAACAUGAUGAAAGUUAGCGACCUCCUGAAGGAGAUGCAGGAGGCGCAAGAAAUAGACGAUGCUGCAUUGGAGGUCGACAUGCGAAUGCCGGAAGUCUUAGAUUUGGAUUUUGUACUUCUAAAUGAGGAUGAAAUGGUAGCAGUUGAGAAGCAAAGCCUCACCGCCGUACCAUGCGCGGCUCAUGUCCUUCAGCUGGCGGUCGAGAAUUUUCUAGUGAAAGCGGAGGUAAAAACUCUGAAAUACAAAUCCCGAGUGUGCCGGAGUUAA